AUGUCUCCGCACCCCCAAUCAACAACCCACUCACACUCCCUUGGCGACCCAGAAACAUUCUGGUCCCAUCACGCGGCCAGACUCCAUUGGCACCGCAAACCUUCACGUGCCCUAACACGGAAGACAAAGUUCCUAGCGAGCGGAACCGAGCAUGAUCACUGGUCGUGGUUCGCUGACGGCGAGAUCUCCACAACCUACAAUUGUGUCGACCGGCAUGUGCUCGCAGGCCAUGGCGACAAUGUUGCGAUCGUAUGGGAAUCGCCAGUUACCGGUGUAACAGAGAAGUAUACUUAUGCCCGUCUACUUGAUGAGGUUGAGGUGCUUGCCGGUGUGCUUAGGGAGGAAGGGGUACAGAAGGGCGAUGUUGUUAUUAUCUACAGCCGCGCGUCCGAGAGCUAUAAUGACAGCGUCAUGUGGAAUAGAGGGGUCCAAGGGGCCAUUUCCUACAGACCACUCGUCGAGGGCGCCAUCAAGGCAAGCAGCUUCAAGCCGAGCAAGGUCAUUGUCUGGCAGCGUGACCAACUCCGCUGGAAUCAGCCCGAUAAGCGCGGUGGCCAGCGUAAUUGGCAGAGACUCGUUAAGAGUGCACGGUUCCGUGGGGUUAAGGCUGGGCCUGUCCCUGUUAAGAGUACGGACGCGCUUUAUAUUAUUUAUACAAGUGGAACAACUGGCCUCCCCAAAGGCGUCCUCCGCGAAGCAGGCGGGCAUGCCGUGGGCCUGGAACUCUCCAUAAAAUCCCUCUUCGGGAUAAAAGGUCCCGGGGACACAAUGUUCUGCGCAUCGGACAUAGGCUGGGUCGUCGGGCACUCGUACAUCCUUUAUGCACCGCUGCUGGUCGGCGCCACGACCGUCCUGUUUGAAGGUAAACCCGUCGGCACGCCGGAUGCAGGAACGUUCUGGCGUAUCAUCGAGAAACACAAUGUGAAUGCACUCUUCACGGCACCAACUGCUAUGCGAGCCAUCCGGAAAGACGACCCGGACAACCAGCUUAUCGGCGAGGUCGGGAAGCGCGGAGGAUUGAAAUCGCUCCGUGCGCUUUUCCUCGCCGGUGAGCGUAGCGAGCCGGGUAUUGUUAGCUCAUACCAAGACCUGCUUGGUAAGUAUGCCGCGGAUGGUGCGCUUGUUAUUGAUAACUGGUGGUCAUCUGAAUCCGGGUCCCCGAUUACGGGUGUUGCCUUGGACGGGAGUGCUGCCCUUACUAGUCUGGCAUCCGGACCAGAUCAUUCUCCCCUCACGCCCCGUCCCGGCUCAGCAGGCUUUCCGAUGCCUGGAUUUGAUGUCCGCAUUGUUGAUGACGAAGGCAACGAAGUCCCGCGCGGAACAAUGGGCAAUAUUGUUAUGGCUCCGCCGCUCGCCCCGUCAGCGUUCACAACCCUCUUCGAGGACGAAGAACGGUUUUACCGUGGGUAUCUUAAGCGCUUUAAUGGCCGCUGGGUUGAUACCGGUGAUGCGGGAAUGAUUGAUAAGGAUGGCUACGUGCAUAUUAUGUCGCGGAGUGACGAUAUCAUCAAUGUUGCCGCGCAUAGGUUCAGCACCGGAUCCAUUGAACAAGCAAUCCUCUCGCAUCCGUCGAUUAGCGAAGCAAGCGUCGUUGGCAUCCCCGACCCGCUAAAAGGCCAUCUCCCCUUCGCAUUUAUUCAGCCCAAAGCUGGCGCGAUCCCUGGAGAAAAUGGGCCUCUUCCGGCAACGCCGAGCCCGCAGUUAUUUGCCGAGGUUAACGCGCUGGUCCGCGAGCAGAUCGGGGCGAUUGCGUCGCUGGGUGGGAUUAUACAGGGUCGGGGGAUGAUUCCCAAGACGCGGAGUGGAAAGACGCUUAGGCGUGUUCUUAGGGAGCUUGUUGAAAUUGGGGUGAAGGGGGAGUAUGCGGCGGAGGUUAGUGUGCCGCCUACUGUUGAGGAUGCGGAGGUUGUUUCUGUUGCAAGGGAGAGGGUUAGAGAGUAUUUUGAGGCGAAGGCGAAGGCGAAUGGGGUUGGGAAGUCGAAGCUUUAG